AUGCUGAACUUAAAACAGCCUUCAACUUUAGUAACGUGUGCCUCCGAUUGCCUUAUCGAAUUAGUGCUGUUUUGGAAUUCGCAUCAACUUGAUAUCCAAUCCUUCACAAUUUUACGAGAAUACCUUUUAUAUAUUCCUAACAACCUGUUCGACCAGUGGGCAGAGAAGCUAAUGUUAAGGCUAGGUAGAUUGCAACGUAAUUCAGACGCCCAUUUUCUUAUUUUUAGUUCUGCCUUAACGCGAAUUGAUAUUGAUCAUUUCCCCACCCUGCCUGUUAAUGUGAAUAGACUUUGUGAUGGCUUUAGAUUUACCACAAAUCUAAGGUACUUGUGCUGUUGCUAUGCACCUUUCUUCUGGUCUCCAUCAGAUUUAUUGAUGCUUCAAAAAUCAGUAGGUCAUUUCACAAAUCUUCAAAGGUUGGUCAUAUGUAAUAUAGAUCUUAUGGAGAGCCCUUCAUUUCUGGAGACUGUUGGGAAGCAACUCAACAGCCUAAAAGAACUUGACAUCAGUUAUGGGAAAAUACCAGCAGACAGUUACAAAAAAAUAGGUGAAAACUUUUUACAUCUUGAAGUCCUAAGGAUAAAACAACAUUCAGAAGAAUUUCGUACCAUCACCCGUAAACAUGCAAUACAACUUCUUGUUUGCUUAUUGAAGCUCAAGAUUUUGGAUGAUGAUUCAACUGCAUGGAGCUGUGUUCUACCAGCCUUAACACAACUCAGCAAAGAAAUGUACUCUCAUUUAUAUGCUUCCAUAGAGCAUCUUACCAUCUACCAAUGCUCAGAAUAUGCUCCUAAUCUUAAAAAGUUGGAAAUACUGAACCAAGUAAUUUUGGAUGUAUCAACAAAUAAUCAACACAUCGCUGCAGAUGAUGAUGGCCGUUUAUUAGCCCGGCCAUAUUUUCGUCAUCUUACACAUCUCUCUUUCACUGGAGCCUGGACGGAAAAUAUUGUCUGCGUUCUAUUGAAUAAUUGUGUUUCCCUGCAAGACCUCAUUCUAAAACCAAAUGUUUUACCGGUGACAUUCCUCAAGCAUAAUCCUCUUUCAUAUUUGCAGCGACUCAUUCUUGAUAGGUCCCAUUUGGUUUGGAACGAAUGUGAUCUAGAGUUGAAUUUUCUUCGAUGUGUCCUUAAAUCAGCAUCAAGCUCCCUUAGAGAACUUGGCCUUAAAUCUAGGCCUCCCAUGGAAUGGGAAGGUCUUCUUCAGCAGUUAAAAAUGGAAAAUUGUGAUUUUCAAAUAUUGCGACCUAUAGUUUAAAAUGCGUGCCUCAAAUUCCAAAGAUUCAUUUAUUCCAAACAAUAAGUAAAAAUUGCCACAGUUACUAUAGUAACCCAUUUUCGAUCGUGUCUUAACACACAAUUAUUAGUUAAACAGAAAAGUUUCAAAAAUGCUGAAUUUUUCACAUUCCGGUGACUUUAAGUUUCCGUUGUUCUUUUGCCUUAUUUUUUAUAUAGCCCGUUGUCACUGCAUCAAAGAGAAACAUAAUGCUUUGCAUAAUAAACGAUUAUUAUUCAUUUAUCUAUUUCUCAUUUCGUUCUUAUCUUAAGCUUAGCUGUAUAUAACAAAUUAUUUAUUUCAGACCAAACGACGUGUAUUGUAGCCGAUGUACAUACAAUAGAAAUCAAGUCGAUUGAGACUCAUGACAAAUAAGGAAAUAACCAAUUCGAGACCGAUAGGAAAACAUUCCUUAAGAAAACACAAGAUCGCAUGAGGUUUGGAGUAUAAAGGUAAAAUCGGCGGUAAGAGAGAAUACAAGGAACCUAUCAGGAAUUGGCAUGUCCCACUUCCUCGGAACAAAGGCUGUAAAAAUGGGAAACCGUGACGAAUACAGAGAAAAAAAAACGUAUAGAAUACUUCGCCGUCUCGAUUUCCGUUCGGUCUACACGUGCACACUACAUAACUGCCGCCAUUUAGAAGGUGAGUAGAUGCUGAUCAUAAUUUCCGCGCGAUUGACAAAUAU